CAGUCAUGAAGCAUGCCAUAUCCAUACUCCCUCACCACCUCUGCAGUUCAAGUUCAGCUGUAGGAACCGAUCUUGGGAUAUCCCUCACCACCUCUGCGGUUCAAGUUCAGCUGUAGGAACCGAUCUUGAUCUUGGGAUACAGUGUUGCAAUUGUCAAUUACUAACCAUUUAAGUCCGAGGCCGACUCUUCUUCCUUCCUGUCGUCGCUCUCGAGGGAUACAGAAAGUGGGAACAUCUCCGAGCCGAAGCGGAAGCUUAUACAUCAAAAGCAGAAGAAAAAUGGAUUUAGAAAUCCUGAAUUCCACGACUGUGAAGGCUGCAGCGACCGUUGUCGAGGGCUCGAUCCCCCUCACCAUCUUCGACAGGGCAGCCUUCGACCUGCAUGUGCCUAUCCUCUAUGCGUUCCGUGCCCCUACGCCCAGCAAUGACGCCCUCAAGCACGGCCUCUCAGAGGUCCUGAGCCACUACCGGAUGCUCGCAGGCCGCCUCUCCACUGAUCCGGUCUCGGGCCUCCCAUGUAUCAGGCUCAACAAUGCCGGUGCUAGGGUCAUCGAGGCUCGUGUGUCCACCCCCCUAGCUAACCACCUCCCAUUGCAUCCCUCCCCGGCCCUCUCAAUUCUCCAUCCCCCCAUCGAUGAAGGUGUGGAGGAGCUUCUUCAGGUACAAAUCACUCGCUUCUCGUGUGGGGGCAUCAUCCUCGGCACAACCAGCCAGCACAAAGCUGGGGAUGGACAGUCCAUGAGCAUCUUCUUCAUUGAAUGGGCACGCACUGUACGCGCCACGAUCGAGGGACAGGACCCGCCCCCGCCUCCAGCGUUGGCCCCUGUGCAUGACCGUUCGAUGCUGGCACCCCGUGACCCACCCUGCCCAAAGUUUGAGCACCGUGAGAUUGAGUUUCAAUCGGGUGCCGAGGCCCCAGGGUCCCAGCCACCUGCCCAGUUUGAGAAUGUGGUGGUGCACUUCCCGGCAGAAUUCGUGGCCACCCUGAAGGCCGCAGGCGGUGGCCGCUACUCCACAUUCGAGUGCCUCCUCGCCCACGUCUGGCAGAAGCUGACCAUUGCGCGUGGCAUCGACGCCCAGGUCGAUACCCAUGUGCGCAUAGCAGUGAACGGGCGUGCGAGGCUGAGGCCUCGCGUUCCAAUGGGCUAUUUCGGAAACCUCGUCCUGUGGGCUCAUCCAAAGCUUAAGGCCGAGGAGCUAGUUGAUCUAAAUACAGCCAACGCAGCGAGGGCGAUACAUGAGGCCGUCAGUAAGAUCGAUGAUGCCUACUUCCGAUCCUUCAUCGACUUCGGUUCACUGGCACAGGAGGAGGACCUGGUGGCUAGCGCAGCAGCAGAGGGCAUCUCACUGUCCCCAAAUUUGGAGGUUGACAGCUGGCUGCGUUUCGACUUCGGUGAGCUCGAUUUCGGAACCGGCGGGCCUUGUGCAUUCCUGCCGCCAUGGCUCCCCAUUGAGGGGCUCCUCGUAUUUGUGCCUUCCUACAAGCAGAAGGGGGCCGUCGACAUGUUCUUGGCCAUCUCCCCCGACCACCUCCCCAAAUUUGGAGAGAUUUCCCACUCCUUGGACUGAGAAUCACUCAGACUGAGACCAAUCAAAGGUGGAAGAACAAAUGCCCAUGAAUUCACCACCAUCUUCCUGUAACUGUAAUGGACCUUUCCCUUGAUUCCUCUUUCAUUAUUUAUUUAUUUCUUGUAGGCCUCAACAUGUUCUUACAUUUAUAAUAAGAUGGAUAGAUCGUAAUUGUGUA